GUGUGCGGCCAUGGCAGCGCUCCAUCACAGCGCAUCUCCCUGGCGCCAGCUACUCAUGGUGCUGUGGAAGAACAUCUACAUAACGCGCAUGCAGCGCCACUACACGACCACGCUGCUCGAGAUUGUGCUCAUGGUGGUGCUGCUGCUGGGCAUCCAGGAGGACGCCGUGACUCGCGAACCGCUACUGCGCAGAGGCGACACGUACUUUCGGCCCAUCAGCACCUACACCUAUUGGAACACGCAGCCCGACAUGGCACAGAUCAACCAGGUGUACUUCGCGCCCGUAGAGAACAAGUACCUAGCCAGACUGACUCACGAUGCCAUGGCGGAUCUGCGGGUGGCCCACUUGACCGGUUUCGCGACUGAAAAGGAGCUCGUGGCAGCCAUGCGCCUCCGUAACGGCACGCCUGUGCACACGGUGGCGCUGCUGUAUACGGACGUGGCUCCAGGCGACCGGGACGGCGUGCCGGUUAGCCUGCACGUCAACUUCUUCGGAGGUCGCCUGCCAUUCGACGUGCACGUCAAGUAUCCUCAACGCCUUCUGUCGCAACCCGAGGGGCCCUCGAAGGAAGAGCGCUUUCCCGAAAUGAACACGCUGCUGCCCAUCAUGGGCGCCCUGCAGCAGCGGCACCUCGAGUACCAGGCGACACUGCACAACCGCAGCAUGGGCCGGAUGCAUCCCGUGCAACUGCAGCGCUUCCCGUACCCGGCCUACAUCGAGCACCAGGACACCAGGAACUACGCGCUCGUACUGACGCGUUUCUGCGUCGGCAUGCUGGUUCCGUUCGCCGUCUUCGUUGCGAGACUCAGCGACGAGAAAGUGACCGGCAUGAAAGAGAUGCUGCGUGUGGUGGGCCUCAACGACUGCGUCUACUGGGUGAGCCACUACAUCAGCGGCUUCUUCAUGCACCUGAUCAUCGUGACCCUGAUGCUGCUCAUCCUGUGCGUCAAAAGGAACGAGGAAGGACGCGCGUUCAUCCAGUUCAGCGAUCCGCUCCUGGUGUUCUGUAUCCUGAUGUGCUUCUGCAGCUCGUGUCUUAUGCACGCUACACUGCUCUCCAUGCUCUUCUCCAGUCCACACACUGCCGUAGCCGCUGCCAUGUUGUACUGGACCUUCAGCUGCCUGAUGCCGUUCCUCGCUCUCGAGAAUGCCGGUGGCCAGGGCUACCACUUCAUCAAGCGCAGCCACAAGUUGGCGACGUCCAUCUUUCCCGGCAUGAGUCUGCACUGGAGCUUCCGCGUUCUCGAGCGCUUCGAGAAGUUCGUGCCUUACGGCGCAAACUGGUCCAACUUCGCUAGCCGCGCCGCCACACCGGACAACGUGACGCUGGCCGAGAUCGUGUUCGUGGGCCUGAUGUGCGACUGCUUCAUCGUCGCCGCUGUCUGGUACUUGGACAAUGUGAUGCCCAUCGGGCCUGGAAUCGCCAAGCCGGUUCUGUACCCAUUCAAGAUGGAGUAUUGGCUGCCCAGCAUGACGUGUUUGAAGGAGCCUCCGAGGACGACGCAAGAGAAUGCAAACUUCGAGCCCGAACCGAGGGAUCAGUGUGUCGCUAUAGAGCUCUUUCACGUCAGCAAGGCAAGCACCUCUCGUCAACAACACUGCGACACGAAGUCACUGUGUUAAUUUUCGUAUACGUUAAUGCCCCUAAUAAAUAUA